GGCUUCCUUACCCAGCGUGGACUUCAAUGACAUUCUGAGCUUUCAUAAGUCAGCUCACUUCAGUAGGCUGUGAAGAUGUCUUUAACAUUUUUAUUUAGAGCAAUUACAAGAGACGUUGCAAAGGUCAGCAUAUGCCAGCAUGCACAGUCGUUACACACAGGUUGUCACCUUCUGGCAGCUGACAAAGCCCUCCUGAUGAAGCUGCGGAAAAGCACUGGCUACACUUUCAUUAACUGCAAGAAAGCCCUGGAGAAGUUUGAUAAUGACAUGGCACAGGCAGAGACCUGGCUACAUGAGCAGGCCCAGAAGGAGGGCUGGAACAAAGCAAACAAGCUGGAGGGUCGCAGAGCUAAAGAGGGUCUUAUUGGUCUGUUCAUAAGAGAUAAAGCUGCAGUCAUGGUGGAGGUUAACUGUGAGACAGAUUUUGUUGCCCGCAAUGAGAAGUUCCAGCAGCUGGUUAAGGAUGUGGCGUUUGCCACCUUGGCUCACCAUCUGAAUAAAAGGCUGGAAGGAUAUGCGAAGAGUGCCCUGACAGGUGAUGAGUUAAGCAAACUGAGUGUGGCUGAAGGAGCUUCGCUUGCUGAUCAGGUGGCUCUCACAAUAGGUCGCCUGGGUGAGAACAUGUCAGUGAAGCGGGCAGUGACUGUGGGCGUCCCUGCUGAGUGGCACAUUGGCUCAUACGUACAUGGCGGUGUGAGUGGCCAGACUGAGGUGGCCAUGGGUCGGUAUGGUGCCCUGGUCGUAUUUCAGGGUGGAAAGGAGGGAGAGCAGGAAGUUCUAGGACGCAAGCUGGGGCAACAUGUAGUGGGAGAGUCCCCUGUGUCUCUGGGCAACAUGGAUGACCUGCCCUGCGGUGAAAGUGAGACACGUCUGCUGCCUCAGACCUUCCUGGGAGACCCCAGCAGGACUGUGGCUCAGUUCCUCAUGGGUCAGCAGGCUCGAGUGCUGGACUUUGUCCGAUUUCAGUGUGGUGAGACAGUCAGUGAAGAAACAAAAUGAAGGAACAGAAAUCAGUCCAUUGAAAGGAUUGAAAGGUCAUGUGUCUUUAAUUUGUAUGAAUAUGAAAUGCAACUACCCAUUGAUUCUUAAAUAUUCACUCACUCUGUGUCAUUAUUAUUUUGAAACCAGAAUAUGUUGGCCUACCAGCACUGCUGCAAGAUGAAAUUACCAAUCCAACAAUAAAAUGUUUUCUUUCUAAAAGUCUUCAUAUUCAUUUGUAUAUGCUACACAGUAUUUUGAAUGAUAAAAUCCACAUGAACAUCCUCUCAAUCUGAUUACUCACUGGAAUGUGUCAAACCUACUGUCGCAAUUUUCCACUUAGUUCAUGUUGUCCUUUCCAUACUUGUAUUUACAUAUCGGCGUAUUUUUACUGCAUGUUAGUUUAUUUUAUUCUAUUAUCUUUAUUUUAUUAUCUUUCUUAUUAUCUUUGU